GCUACUAAUCAUGUCUGGUCGUGGCAAGGGCGGGAAAGGCCUGGGCAAAGGCGGCGCCAAGCGCCACCGCAAGGUCCUGCGCGACAACAUCCAGGGCAUCACCAAGCCCGCCAUCCGCCGCCUGGCCCGGCGCGGAGGAGUCAAGCGCAUCUCCGGCCUCAUCUACGAGGAGACCCGCGGGGUGCUGAAGGUGUUCCUGGAGAACGUGAUCCGCGACGCGGUCACCUACACGGAGCACGCCAAGCGCAAGACCGUCACGGCCAUGGACGUGGUCUACGCGCUCAAGCGCCAGGGCCGCACCCUCUAUGGCUUCGGAGGUUAAGCUGUUGCCUUUUCCUCCACUGUCGCAAAAGGCCCUUUUCAGGGCCACCCA